AUUAGCUCUCACCUCCCACACUCCCACAGCUCGUCACCGUCUUUGUCCCAGUUAACUCUCGCCUUCUCCUCCCCGGUUCUAAACAAUUUUGCUAGGCUUCUUGCCAUUGCCGCCAUUUUGAGCUCCACUUCUCCGAGAGCAGACGAGACCUGAGUGGUAGGGAUGGGGGAAAGUAUGAAGACGAUGCUGGCGAAGCCGAUCAAGCUCGCGGACCAGGUGGCCAAGCAAUCAAGCUCCGGCCAGUGCUUUCGCCCCGAGUGCAAGGACCUGCGCGCGCACACGGAGAAGCUCGCCGAGGUGCUGCGGCAGGCCGCGCGGGCCGACCUGUACGAGCGCCCGGUCAAGCAAAUCGUGGCCGACACCCUGCAGGCGCUCGCCAAGGCCGGCACCAUGGCCAACCGCUGCUUCGAAAGGCACUCCAGCCUCCGCCGCUGCCUCAGCUUCAAUCCCGUGAUUCCCGUCUCCAGCUUCCCGCGAACCCUCGCGCUGCUCGACGCCGCGGUCGAGGACGUCGCCUGGCUCAUCCGCGUCUCGUCCCCGCCGUCCGACCACGACGACCUGCGCGCCAUACCCAACAUCGCGCUGAACGACCCCAUACUCUACCUCAUCUGGUACCACAUCGCGCGCCUCCACACCGGCAGCCUCGCCGUGCGCGCCGACUCCGCAUCCACCCUCGCCUCCCUCGCCCGCGACAACCCGCACUUCGCCAAGCUCAUCGUCGAGGAGAACGGCGUCGUGCCCCUCGUCAGGCUGCUCAAGGAAGGCACCGAGGACGGCCAGGAGGCUGCCGCCACGGCGCUCGGCAGCGUGGACAGGCUUCUCCACGCGCAUCGGCGGUUCCUUGGCCGCGACGAAGGCAGGGUGGACAGGCUUCUCCACGCCGGGGUGUGCGCCGUCUACGCCGCGACGUUGAAGGAGCCGCCGAUGCGCGUGCAGGCCGCCAUCGCCGAGUCCAUCGCGUCCCUCGCGAGCCACAGCAAGAUAUGCCAGGACCUCUUCGCGCAGACCAACUCCGUCGUCCGGUACCUCGUCAGUCACCUCGCCGCUGGCACCAUCCAGGAACACAGCAGGUACUCCGUCCCUGGAAGCAGCAGCAGGAACAGUGCAACCCCGCUGCCGGAGCCCAUGAGGUCGCUUCACUCUGUUGUGCUUGCCAGCACACCCAGCAUGCUCCGAGGAACCUCUACUUACUCUGCCAACGAACCGCCGGAAGCCUCAAACAGCGGCCAGAUGCAAUCCGCGGCAGCCGGCAGGACAACGACGAACAGUGUCACGGCUGCACCACCCAGUAGGCCCCAGCUGAGCUCAAACGGUUCGAGCGGCCGUGGGUCGCGAGAGGCCGAGGACCCGGCCACGAAGGCGCGCAUGAAGGCCAUGGCAGCCAAGGCUCUGUGGAAGCUCGCCCACGGCCAUCCAGGAGUCUGCAAGAACAUUACGGAGUCCCGCGCGCUCCUCUGCUUCGCCAGGCUGCUCGAGAAGGGCGACGGCGGCGCGGGCACGCUCCUGCAGUUCUACUCCGCAAUGGCUAUCAUGGAGAUCACCCGCGUCGCCGAGCACAACCUCGCGCUGCGGCAGUCCGCCUUCAAGCCCAGCUUCCCGGCCGCCAAGGCCGUCACGGAGCAGCUGCUCUGCAUCGUGCGCAACGGGGAGUACGACGACCUGCUCCUCCCGUGCAUCACCGCCCUCGGCUGCCUGUCGGGCACGUUCACGGCGAGCGAGACCCGCGUGAUCGGCCCGCUAGUGCGACUGCUCGACGACCGCGAGCCGCCGGUCACCAAGGAGGCCAUCGUGGCGCUCACCAAGUUCGCGUGCUCGGAGAACCACCUGCACGUGACCCACUGCAAGGCCAUCGUCGACCACGGCGGGGCGCGGCACCUCGUUCAGCUAGUCUAUCUCGGAGACCAGCUGCAGAUCGAGGCGCUCAUGCUGCUCUGCUACGUCGCGCUGCAUGUCCCGGAGAGCGAGGAGCUCGCGCAGGCCGGGGUGCUCGCCGUGCUCCUCUGGGCGUCCAAGCAGGCGCAGCUGGUGCAGGACCUGCGCGUCGACCCGCUGCUAUCCAAAGCCAAGGGUCGGCUGGAUCUCUUCCAGUCAAGGGGAUCCAUCAUCUAGCUACGUGAACUGGAUUUAGUUCAUUCUUCUUUUCUGAUUCAAGAUUUAUCCCGAUUGUUCUUCGCUGAUUCCAACAGUGUUCGUUGGUAGAGUGUACAUUCCAUGCUUAUGUUUGUUUUCAAGGAUAUGCAAAUGCAGUAGAGACUUGUUCAUGUACAAUUUAUGCAGAUCAAUUUUGGAUGCACAGAGCUAGAAAUGGAGAA